ACUCCAACCGUUUGAGCGACCUCAAACUUCAGCCUACCCAUGCACGGGGAAGACAGUCUUAGAUCGCCAGAGCGCACAACAAGUAAAAUAGCCAUCACUACGCUUGACAAUGACCGAUAUAAUGGCGCAACCAUCCCAGGCCCAAGCCUCCGAGUCUCAACCUUUUGUCUCCAAAUGGGCCUCGAGAUACCGCGGGGCAACAGUAGAGGACCUCGACCCGCCCGCCGCCCUCUCCCUCACGCCCUCCGACACCAUCUCGCUCGCGCUCCUGUCAGCCUUCGAACGCGACUACACGCACCUGACCAUCGUCGACUCGUCGACGCGCGCCCUGCUGGGGUACCUCUCGAUCCCGCACCUGCAGGCGCUGCUCGAGGCCGGGCGCGUGAAGCCCGAGGACGAGGUGCGCACGGCCAUGAUCCGGUUCCGGCGCCGCGGCGCAAAGUACAAGAUCAUCACCAUGGAGACCCCGCUGGAGGAGCUCGAGGCCUUCUUUGAGGGCUAUGAGACCGGCGGGCAGAAGCAGGACUUUGCCGUCAUCACGGAUGAGGGGAGGAGGUUUGUGCUUGGGGUGGCGACAAGGGGGGAUUUGGAGGAAUUUGUUAAACGGAGGCCGGCGUGAACAUCGCGGGGCGAGGAGGGGGUUGCGUUGAGAGCGGAAAGGAAAGAUGAGGCUUAAUGGGUGAGGGGGAAUAUCUAUCAUACGGAGGCGUUUGGUUCUGGCAUUGCAGUUUCUAUCAGCGGUAAUGGGGCAUUCAACAUGGAUAGCACACUCGUGAGAGGCGGUUCAAUACCCGAGGAAGGUUGAGAACGCUCAGAUUCCCUUCGGAGCUUAAGCUACGUCGGCUUUUCAUGGUUUUGUCGACGAUAC